AUGAGGUUGGACUUCGACACGGCCCUGCUGACCUCGCUGCCCAGUGCCCUGCAGAAGGACCCGGCGUCGCGUGGCACCUUCGACAACGUGGUGGUGACCAAUGUGGAGGACGAGCUCCAGAAGAGGCUGGCCAAGCUCAAGGAGACGCUGGCUGAAGCCGCACCUGCGCGCGAGGAGCGUGCCAGCAAGGUGGCAACCUGUGCCGCAGCCGUGGAAGCACUGAAGGUGAAGUUGGAGAGUAUGGAGAAGGCCUCCAAGGAUGCCGUAGCUGCCAUGAAGGAGGCCGAUGGCAAGAGUAAGGCGGCAGCAAAGGCGCUGAAGGCUUUCGGACCUGAGAUCAAGGCCACUGGCAAGGCAUUGAAGGAUGCCAAGGAGCAACCGGGGGGGGAUCCAUGGGGAUCCACGGGGGAUCCGCUGAUGCUGAUCUCCUUCAUUUUCCAUGUCCCGUGGCUUUGGAUCUUGUCUCCGCGAGGACAGCUUGGAGGACUUCACCACCGGCGUUCCUGA